GCGAAAUUUCGAGUGUGCCUGGGUUUUGCGAAAUCAGGAUUUACCUAGCGGCAGCCAGAAUGGAGAGAACGUGAAUUGAGAAGAAUCUGGUAGCUACGCAAAAGCCCAAAAUGACAUGUUCGCUCUCUUCCACGGCCAUAAAUGCUUCUUCCAUUUCCAUGCCUCUCGCUCUCACUAUUCCCUCUCCAAAAACGCCUGGGGUUCUACCUGUCCGAUAUCGCUUCCUGCAAUCCGUUCCUUUGCUUCAAUUUCAUUUGUAAAAGCGACACGAGUAAUGCAAAGCAUGACAAGUCCUGAGUCCAUAUCCUACCUCACGCAGCGUGAUGCCGCGGAGAUUGAUGAGAUUCUCAUGGGCCCUCUCGGAUUUAGCGUCGAUCAGUUGAUGGAAUUGGCUGGUUUGAGUGUUGCAACUUCUAUAGCAGAGGUUUACAAGCCAAGCGAGUACAAUCGUGUUCUUGCAAUUUGCGGUCCAGGGAACAACGGAGGUGAUGGGUUGGUAGCAGCUCGCCAUCUGCAUCACUUUGGAUAUAAACCGUUUGUUUGUUAUCCAAAGCGUACAGCCAAACCUCUUUUUACUGGUCUGGUUACUCAGCUGGAAUCAUUGGCGGUCCCUUUCUUGACAGUGGGAGAUCUGCCUUCAGAGUUGUCAAAGGACUUUGAUGUUCUAGUAGAUGCAAUGUUUGGGUUCUCAUUCCAUGGUUCUCCAAGACCACCUUUUGAUGAUCUAAUCCAAAAAUUGGUUAACUUGCAUAAGUACAAUCAAACUCGCCAAAAGUCCUCGGUUAUUGUCUCUGUAGAUAUUCCAUCUGGAUGGCAUGUUGAAGAAGGUGAUGUUGCUGGUGAAGGAAUCAAACCUCACAUGUUGGUUUCUUUGACUGCUCCAAAGUUGUGUGCCAAGAAAUUUUCUGGUCCUCACCACUUUCUAGGCGGUAGGUUUGUCCCACCAUCGAUAGUGGAGAAAUAUAAGCUGCAUCUCCCACAAUAUCCUGGUGCUUCUAUGUGUGUCCAAAUUGGAAAGCCUCCACAAAUCGAUAUAUCAGCUCUAAGGGAGAACUAUAUUUCUCCUGAAUUCCUUGAGGACCAGGUGGAGGCUAAUCCCAUUGAUCAGUUUCUCAAAUGGUUUGAUGAUGCUGUGGCUGCUGGAUUGAAGGAGCCAAAUGCUAUGUGCUUGUCAACUGUUGGAAAGGAUGGAAAACCCUCAUCAAGAAUGGUAUUGUUGAAAGGAGUUGAUAAGGAUGGGUUUGUCUGGUACACCAAUUAUGAAAGUAGAAAAGCACAGCAAUUAUUGGAAAAUCCUAGAGCAUCACUUCUUUUCUACUGGGAUGGUCUUCAUCGGCAGGUAAGGGUGGAAGGAUCCGUGCAGAAAGUCUCAGAUGAGGAAUCCGAACAAUACUUCCAUAGCCGCCCUAGAGGAAGUCAGAUAGGAGCAAUUGUCAGCAAGCAGAGUACUAUAGUUCCUGGAAGGCAUGUUAUACACCAACAAUUCAAAGAAUUAGAGGAAAAGUUCUCUGAUGUAGAUUUGAUCCCAAAACCUAAAGCCUGGGGAGGAUACAAGCUUAAACCAGACCUUUUUGAGUUUUGGCAAGGACAGAAGUCUCGCUUGCAUGACAGGUUGCAAUACACUCCUCAAGAGAUCAAUGGGAAGCAAGUAUGGGGAAUUGUGCGGUUGGCUCCCUGACUAUUACUUCCGGCUUCUUCAUUGUGAAGUUCACCAAUCAUGGUGUCUCACUAUAUAUGCUGCUGUGUGCUUAUUUAUUUUAUCUGAUCAGCAGGAUGCAUGUUUAGCACUUUGUUUCUCUCUCUCUCUCUCUCUCUCUCUCUCUCUCUCUCUCUCUCACACACACA